CGUGAAUGCUCGUUAUUAAAUUUUCGUAUUUCAAUACGUUUAAUCACUGUUCUCUACAAAACAGAUUCAGUAUAAGGACAAACACUGAACGGAACUAAUCAAUUUCUUGCGUUAUUCUCGAUAGAGAUCUGAAAAACAAAAUGUUACUGCCGACUGAUUCAACUCGCUCAAUAGUCUUUAUAAUACUGCUACUUAACACAAAUUUCAAUUUGAUCAGUGCAUCGAAGUGUAAUCGAACUCCCGAGGGUCAUGGAGCAUUAAAUACACCGGCAGACGGAAGAUUUCGCAUACGAAUUGUAGAAAAUGACGAGAAAUAUACGCCGGGAAAAACUUAUACUAUUAAGCUAGAAGGAAUUGAUAUUGGACAACGAACAGCGGUGCCAGCGUUGAAAUACAAAUUUUCUGGAUUUAUGUUGGUUGUUGAGAAUAUGUCCAAUGAAUCAAUGGGGGAUCAUUCAAUUUUAACAGUUGGUACUAUGUCAAUACCUGAGGGAGAUACAUUAACCAAAAUAACUUGUUCGAAUAUGGUCUCACACACCACAACCACAUCGAAAAGUGAAAUUCAAAUAAAGUGGAAAGCUCCGCAAGUUGGUAGCGGUUGUGUUGUUUUUAAAGCAACUGUAAUUGAACAUCGAGAUGUCUGGUACAUGGAUGAUGGACCACUGACGAAAGAAUUUUGUGAAGAACAGCGUUUCGAUGACGAAUUUAGUGUUCCGGUAAAAUGUACUGCUUGUACUGAGGCGAAAUACGAGCUCACAUUUGAAGGUCUUUGGUCAAGGAAUACACACCCGAAAGAUUUUCCAUCCAAUGUGUUCAGUACGAAAUUCAGUGACAUUAUUGGUGCAAGUCACACUGCUUCUUACAGUUUUUGGAAAUAUGGUGAAACUGCAUCCGACGGUUUAAAGCAAGUUGCCGAAAAUGGCUUUACUACCGAAUUGGAAGAAGAAAUAAAGUCACAAAGUAGCGAGAUUCGAACUAUCAUUAAAGCGAAAGGGCUCGAACACCCAAAUUUAGGAGGAAAAACGUUUGCUGUAUUUCGCGUUGACCGGGAUCACAGCCAGUUAUCUUUCGUUUCAAUGAUUCAUCCAUCACCGGACUGGUUCCUUGGUGUCUCUGGACUAGAACUUUGCACAGAGGAGGGUGGUUGGAUUGAAAGUAGAACGUUAGACCUAUGUCCAUGGGAUGCAGGAACUGAUUCGGGACCUAAAUACGACUCACCUAAUGAACCAACAAUUCCUCGAGAAUUUAUUCGCCGCAUUCGUGCAGAUUAUCCAAACGAUCCUAGGUCACCGUUUUAUGAUCCGAAUUCCAAUCUGAAGCCACUAGCCCGUCUCUAUGUAUCUCGGCAAAGGGUAUACGAAAAAGACUGUCCGGCCGAGACUGAUGAUUCGUCACAAGAGGAAUGUGCUACUGGUUCUUGGGAAGAAACAGACGAAUGCGAUGUGCAAUGCGGUAAAGGAAACAAACAUCUACAGAGGCACUAUUUGAACGAGCAUUUGGCUAUACAGGCAGGUUGUAAUGUAGAAUUAACAAGAGAAGAAACUUGUUAUGGUAGAAAUUGUGGAAACCACCGUUCCGAUGAAUCCGAAGAAGCCACUCAGCCAUCAUGUGCAUUAACCGGAUGGAGUGAUUGGAGUGAAUGUUCGGUAAGAUGUGGUGGGACUGGACAUCGGACUAAAACUCGUAGUUAUCUGCAGAGAUCCUCAAAGGAAUAUUGUCAGUCCUUGCCCAACGCUGAAUCAUUGGAGCUCCUCAAACCAUGUAAUAAUCCAUGCUCUGGUACAACGACUAAUUUACACAAUAGAGGAGAAGAGGAUCAGAAUGCAGACAGUGAGGAAGUAAACAAUAAACAGGAAAAAGGAGAAAAUGAAGCCAGGGAAGACAGAAAAUGUCAAACAUCAGGUUGGUCACGAUACGGACCAUGUUCUGUAGCUUGCGGUGGUGGAUUUCAAAUUAGAACCAAAACAGCCAAGUCUGGCAUAUGUGAAGAAAGUGAUUUACAGCAAAAAAGAACUUGUAACGAAUUCGAGUGUGAUGUGCCACCAUAUUGUAGAGAGUUUCCGGACGUAGAUCCUUGCACCAAUGUAACAAAUAGGUGGCUGUACAACUGGGAUGAAAAACGUUGCGAAAUAUUCAGUUAUGGGUGUGGUGAACAUCAGAAUAGAUUUUUGACAUACGAAAAUUGUUCGAAAACUUGCUCAGAAUGGAAUCCCAUGUUUGAAAUAGAAAAGAAUCAAUUACUUGAGGAACAGAGAAGACGGGAUGAUAGAAAGGGUAGUCGAAGAGGUUAGAAAUCACGUAGAUUAAUCAUGAGUGUGAGAUUAUGUUGAAUAAAGAACAUUGUUAAUAAA